AUGACUGAGUUCCAAAAAGAGAAGAUUAACACUGAUCUUCGUUCUUAUCUUCGCGGCAUCGCGAUAAAGAAGAAGACCAAAGCCAGAAACGACGUCAUUUCAUGCCUGUUAUGGCAUUCCAUCUACGUUUUGUCCACCGCCGUUGGCGUUUGGGCAUUUUCGGCUAACGGGGUUUAUGUCCCGUUAGUGGAUUCAGUGCUCCUCGGAGCGCGCUUCCUUUUACUACAGCGGGCUAUGCGGAGCGCUCUAGCACGUUGGAUUGGAUUCGAGCGUUCAUCCUUUGGACGCGGUUCCUACUACAUCGAAUUCUGUCUUGCAAAACCUCUAAAACCACAAUAUAGAGGUGGGAUUGCAACAAACCCAGAACUGGAUCGUGGUUUAGAAGGUUGGAACGGCUUUGGAGAUUCUAAAAUCGAAUGCAGAGAAUCCGAUGACCACAACAACAAAUUCAUUGUAGCACAUGAAAGAGUCCAUGUUUUUCAUAGUCCUUCACAAGCAUUCUUUUUAGAAAAGGAUAAAAUCUACACCUUUUCUGCCUGGCUACAAGUAAGCAAUGGGAAUGAAAGCAUAUUUGCCAUAUUUAAAUCACAAUCUGCAUUGCAUAAAGCUGGUAUUGUAGUGGCACAUUCAGGGUGUUGGUCUAUGCUUAAAGGCGGUAUAUCUGUUCAUAAAUCCGAGCGAUUUGAACUAUAUUUUGAGAGUAAUAAUACAAAUAUUGAGAUAUGGGUAGAUAACAUCUCGUUACAACCAUUUACUUUACAACAAUGGAGAUCUCACAUUGAUCAAAGUGUUGAGAAGGUUCGUAAAAGCCAUGUAAAAUUGCAGUUGGUAGAUGUUAAUGGAAAACCUUUGGUGAAUACACCCUUUAAGAUAAGCCAAAGAAGUAACGGUUUCCAAUUCGGAUGCGCCUCAAAUAGUAACAUCCUAUCAAACCUUGGUUAUCAGAAUUGGUUUACCUCUAGUCGAUUCAUAGUAACCACGUUUGAGAAUGAGAUGAAAUGGUAUAGCACAGAAGCGAAAAGAGGGGUAGAGGAUUACUCGGUUGCUGAUGGCAUGCUCAAAUGGGCCAAGGACCAUAGUAUCUCGGUACGUGGUCACAAUAUCCUAUGGGAUGAUCCCAAGUACCAAGUUGGGUGGCUCAAUUCCCUAUCGAACAAUGAUUUCCAGCAAGCCGUCGAUAGAAGGAUAAACUCAAUUGUGAGUAGAUAUGCGGGUCAACUGAUUGCAUGGGAUGUCGUGAACGAGAACCUACACUUCAAUUAUUUUGAGAGUAGGCUUGGAAGUAAUGUCAAUUUUUAUAGCAUGACAAGUGAAAAGGACUCUAGGACAACAUUGUUCUUGAAUGAUUAUAAUACAAUUGAAGAGCCAAGUGAUAUGGUUAGCUCACCAGAUAAAUACAUACAAAAGAUUAAUCAGAUAAAGGCUACAGGAUAUAAUGGGCCAUUAGGGAUUGGGCUUGAGGGUCAUUUUAAUACACCAAAUUUAGCUUACAUGAGAGCGUCUAUUGAUAAACUUGCCACUACAGGAUUACCCAUUUGGCUCACAGAAGUGGAUGUUGGUGGCUCUGGACCUAUUCAGGCAACAUAUUUAGAUCAAGUAUUAAGAGAAGGGCAUGGACACCCUGCGGUCCAAGGAAUAGUGUUAUGGGCGGCAUGGUCGCCAAAGGGAUGCAAUAGGAUGUGUUUGACCGACAAUAAUUUCAAAAAUCUUCCAACAGGAGAUGUCGUAGACAAGUUUCUCAGUGAGUCAAGGCUCAUAGAGGACCUUUCUGUUAUGACAGAUGACAUGGGUUAUUUUGAGACAAAACUUUUUCACGGAGAUUAUACUUUGAGAAUUAAUUUUUCAAGUUUGAGAGUAAAUCAGUUCGAAGGAGCUAAGGAAUUUGGUUUUCAAGUAACAAAUGUGUUGGAUAUAACCCAGCCAGUUCAAGUUAUUACUAUUUGA